AGGCGGAAAGCAGUCAGGGAUGGCGGAUGCCCGGGAAGAUGGGAGCGUGCACAGAUCGAAAUCGAGCUGAAUGGCUGCUCCUCAUCGCCGUCUUUGGUCUGCUUGUGCUUCCGACAGCGUGCUGGCCAGGAGCCUCGCAAGAUGUCCAGGACAGUGUGGAGAAGGGCAGGUGGAGCGCGGCGAGGGCGACGAGCGCGAGCGAGCCGCGUGAGCUCCGGGGCAGGUGGCUGCAGAGCGAAAGCUCCGCCACCACCACUGCCUUAGCAGUGAUCGAAGUGACCGAGCCCACUACCUCGCCAGAGUCCACGGACCUGAAAUGGUGGGGUUGGCUCGUCAUCAUUGGCGCGGCACUUCUGUGCAUAGGAUUCUGGCUCUGCAAGACAUGCGACUUUGACACGAAGCCGCAGCCCGCGUUCAAGGCUGAGUCGGUGGUGCCAGUGGAAAACAAGGAGCCACGCCCUCCGGUGCAGGCCAGACCUUUGGCGCCUCCGGGCGAGGCGCCGGAGUGCGACUUGGAGGAAGCGAAGGUGCCACUCCGCUCCGCCGAAGACUGUGAGCUGGCAAGCGCGUCUCUAAAGAUGCCAGCGGAGCAGGAAAGCUCGUCUCCAAAGAUGCCAGUGGAGCUGGGAAGCGCGUCUCCAAAGAUGCCAGCGGAACUUGCAUUGGCUGCAUUAGCGCAGGUGGAAGAUGACUUAGUGACCGGCAGUGCAGCCCCCAUCGCAGCUGACGACCGCGGCCGAUUUGCCGAGAAGGAGACAGUUGAAGUCUUUGAAUCAGAGGUGUUCUUUGAUGAUGAAACCGUGCCAGGUCAGAACGAAAGCCGAUGCAUCGCCCUGGCCCGCGACACGGUGGCCUCGCUUGUGACGCGGGCAGCUACGCGGACCUGGCAUGCGAGCGGCCGAAGCGAGACGCUUAAGGAAAGAGAGCAACAAGACGAGCACCGUGCCACAGCAGCAUGUGUGGCCAAGAGCGUGACUGCUGAGUUGAUGGAGCGAGUCGUUUCAGACCAUACCAGCCCGUGCACAAAGCAGGAACAUGGCAGGGUCCUUCCAUCAGAAGCCGAGGGCGAACAUAGGGCAAGUGCUUCAGAUUGUCAAGAAAGUAGCCGAACAGAGAAGGCUCAGGUGUCAAGCGAUUCCCAGCCAGCAAGUCAAGCAGAAUCGCCAGGCAUCCAUUUUGCAAACGCCGAAGCCGAAAGCCAAGCCAAUGCAGACACAACAAAUGAAAAGGCCAAAGUAGCAGACACCGCACAGCAAACACCCGUGCCAGACAGAAAGGAAAUUGGCUUGAAGAUUGGCACGGAAGAGGUAGUAGAUGCGGCAAAAGAACCUCAGCAAAAACAGAAGGACACAGCCCCGGAAGCAGAGGAGGCUGCACGAGCAACAGAGAAAGCGACGCGAGAAGUGGAGGAGAAGCGCCUCAGGCUUGAGCAGGAGCAAGCUGCUGCCGAGGCCGAGGAUGAAAGAAGAGCAAGAGAAGCAGAGGAGAACAAGAGGCAAGAGCAUGCAGUGGCAGCCGAGGCAGCCAAGAGAUCGUCACAGCAGAUCUUGGAAGUGAGUUUGCAGCUUGCCCAGGAGGAAGUGCGGCAGGCAGAAGAAGCGAAGAAUGCACGAGAAGCAGAAGAGGCUGCACGGGCAGCUGAGGAGAAGCGCCUCAGGCUUGAGCAGGAGCAAGCUGCUGCCAAGGCCGAGGAGGAAAGAAGAGCAAGAGAAGCAGAGGAGAACAAGAGGCAAGAGCGCGAAGUAGCGGCCGAGGCAGCCAAGAGAGCGUCACAGCAGAUCUUGGAAGUGAGUUUGCAGCUUGCCGAGGAGGAAGUGCGGCAGGCAGAAGAAGCGAAGAAUGCACGAGAAGCAGAAGAGGCUGCACGGGCAGCUGAGGAGAAGCGCGUCAGGGUUGAGCAGGAGCAAGCUGCUGCCGAGGCCAAAGAGGAAAGAAGAGCAAGAGAAGCAGAGGAGAACAAGAGGCAAGAGCGUGCAGUGGCAGCCGAGGCAGCCAAGAGAGCGUCACAGCAGAUCCUGGAAGUGAGCUUGCAGCUUGCCCAGGAGGAAGUGCGGCAGGCAGAAGAAGCGAAGAAUGCACGAGAAGCAGAAAAGGCUGCACGGGCAGCUGAGGAGAAGCGCCUCAGGCUUGAGCAGGAGCAAGCUGCUGCCAAGGCCGAGGAGGAAAGAAGAGCAAGAGAAGCAGAGGAGAACAAGAGGCAAGAGCGUGCAGUGGCAGCCGAGGCAGCCAAGAGAGCGUCACAGCAGAUCUCGGAAGUGAGUUUGCAGCUUGCCCAGGAGGAAGUGCGGCAGGCAGAAGAAGCGAAGAAUGCACGAGAAGCAGAAGAGGCUGCACGGGCAGCUGAGGAGAAGCGCCUCAGGCUUGAGCAGGAGCAAGCUGCUGCCGAGGCCGAGGAGGAAAGAAGAGCAAGAGAAGCAGAGGAGAACAAGAGGCAAGAGCGUGCAGUGGCAGCCGAGGCAGCCAAGAGAGCGUCACAGCAGAUCCUGGAAGUGAGUUUGCAGCUUGCCCAGGAGGAAGUGCGGCAGGCAGAGCAGCGUGCGCAUGUUCGCGAGGUCGCUCUUGAGGUUGCAGAGCAAGCUUUGCAAAGUAUACAAAGCACACCUUUCCGGCUGGCCCAAGAAGAGGCUCGACAGCUGAGGAAGGUGAGGGAAGCAGGAUUGCCAGCGCGAAAAACAAGCAAACAGGAGCCAGACUGGCAGCAUGAUCAAGCUGCAGGGGAGGAAUGCAAGGAUGAGUUGUGCAUAGCAGAGCCAGAAAGCGCAGAGAUUGCAGAAGAACACGUCCGAGCAAAAGAGGCUGAAGUGGUACAGGGAAAUGACGAAACACCCAGAGCAGCUGAGGAAGGGCGAGAAGCAGAGGAGGAGCGCCUCAGGCUUGAGCAGGAGCAAGCUGCCGAGCGUGCGGCAGCGGCAGAGGCAGCCAAGAGAGCAUCACAGCAGAUCCUGGGAGUGAGUUUGCAGCUUGCCCAGGAGGAAGUGCGGCAGGCAGAAGAAGCAAAGAAAGCACGAGAAGCGGAGGAGACUGCAAGAGCAGCAGAGGGGAGAACGCGAGCAGCGGAGAAGGCGGCGCGAGAAGCAGAGGAGGAGCGCCUCAGGCUUGAGCAGGAGCAAGCUGCUGCCGAGGCCGAGGAGGAAAGAAGAGCACGAGAAGCAGCGGAGGAGAACAAGAGGCAAGAGCGCGUAGUAGCGGCCGAGGCAGCCAAGAGAGCUUCACAACACAUCCUGGAAGUGAGUCUGCAGCUUGCCCAGGAAGAAGUGAGGCAGGCAGAGGAAGCAAAGAAAGCACGAGAAGCAGAGGACACUGCAAGAGCAGCAGAGCAGGCGGCGCGAGCAGCGGAAAAGGCGGCGCAAGCAGCGGAGGAGGAGCGCCUCAGGCUUGAGCAGGAGCAAGCUGCCGCCAAGGCCGAGGAGAAAAGAAGAGCACGAGAAGCAGAGGAGUGGAACAAGAGGCAAGAGCGCGAAGUAGCGGCCGAGGCAGCCAAGAGAGCCUCACGGCACAUCCUGGAAGCGAGUCUGCAGCUUGCCCAGGAAGAAGUGAGGCAGGCAGCGGAAGCAAAGAAAGCACGAGAAGCAGAGGAGACUGCAAGAGCAGCAGAGGAGGCGGCGCGAGCAGCGGAGAAGGCGGCGCAAGCAGAGGAGGAGCGCCUCAGGCUUGAACAGGAGCAAGCUGCCGCCAAGGCCGAGAAGGAAAGAAGAGCACGAGAAGCAGAGGAGGAGAACAAGAGGCAAGAGCGCGCAGUAGCGGCCGAGGCAGCCAAGAGAGCUUCACAACACAUCCUGGAAGUGAGUCUGCAGCUUGUCCAGGAAGAAGUGAGGCAGGCAGAGGAAGCAAAGAAAGCACGAGAAGCAGAGGAGACUGCAAGAGCAGCAAAGGAGACGGCGCGAGCAGCGGAGAAGGCGGCGCAAGAAGCAGAGGAGGAGCGCCUCAGGCUUGAGCAGAAGCAAGCUGCCGCCGAGGCCGAGGAGGAAAGAAGAGCGCGAGAAGCAGAGGAGGAGAACGAGCGGCAAGAGCGCGCAGUAGCGGCCGAGGCAGCCAAGAGAGCUUCACAACACAUCCUGGAAGCGAGUCUGCAGCUUGCCCAGGAAGAAGUGAGGCAGGCAGAAGAAGCAACGAAAGCACGAGAAGCAGAGGAGACUGCAAGAGCAGCAGAGGAGGCGGCGCGAGCAGCGGAGAAGGCGGCGCAAGAAGCAGAGGAGGAGCGCCUCAGGCUUGAGCAGGAGCAAGCUGCCGCCGAGGCCGAGGAGGAAAGAAGAGCGCGAGAAGCAGAGGAGGAGAACGAGCGGCAAGAGCGCGCAGUAGCGGCCGAGGCAGCCAAGAGAGCUUCACAACACAUCCUGGAAGCGAGUCUGCAGCUUGCCCAGGAAGAAGUGAGGCAGGCAGAGGAAGCAAAGAAAGCACGAGAAGCAGAGGAGACUGCAAGAGCAGCAGAGGAAGCAGCGCGAGCAGCGGACAAGGCGGCGCGAGAAGCGGAGGAGGAGCGCCUCAGGCUUGAGCAGGAGCAAGCUGCCGCCGAGGCCGAGGAGGAGAGAAGAGCACGAGAAGCAGCGGAGGAGAACGAGAGGCAAGAGCGCGCAGUAGCGGCCGAGGCAGCCAAGAGAGCUUCACAACACAUCCAGGAAGUGAGUCUGCAGCUUGCCCAGGAAGAAGUCAGGCAGGCAGAGGGAGCAAAGAGAGCACGAGAAGCAGAGGAGACUGCAAGAGCAGCAGAGCAGGCGGCGCGAGCAGCGGAGAAGGCGGCGCAAGCAGCGGAGGAGGAGCGCCUCAGGCUUGAGCAGGAGCAAGCUGCCGCCGAGGCCGAGGAGGAGAGAAGAGCACGAGAAGCAGAGGAGGAGAGCAAGAGGCAAGAGCGCGCAGUGGCAGCCGAGGCAGCCAAGAGAGCUUCACAACACAUCCUGGAAGUGAGUCUGCAGCUUGCCCAGGAAGAAGUGAGGCAGGCAGAGGAAGCAAAGAGAGCACGAGAAGCAGAGGAGACUGCAAGAGCAGCAGAGGAGGCGGCGCGAGCAGCAGAAGAAGCAACGAAAGCACGAGAAGCAGAGGAGACUGCAAGAGCAGCAGAGGAGGCGGCGCGAGCAGCGGAGAAGGCGGCGCAAGAAGCGGAGGAGGAGCGCCUCAGGCUCGAGCAGGAGCAAGCUGCAGACAAGGCCGAGGAGGAAAGAAGAGCACGAGAAGCAGAGGAGGAGAACGAGAGGCAAGAGCGCGCAGUAGCGGCCGAGGCAGCCAAGAGAGCUUCACAACACAUCCUGGAAGUGAGUCUGCAGCUUGCCCAGGAAGAAGUGAGGCAGGCAGAGGAAGCAAAGAGAGCACGAGAAGCAGAGGAGACUGCAAGAGCAGCAGAGCAGGCGGCGCGAGCAGCGGAGAAGGCGGCGCAAGCAGCGGAGGAGCGCCUCAGGCUUGAGCAGGAGCAAGCUGCUGCCGAGGCUGAGGAGGAAAGAAGAGCACGAGAAGCAGAGGAUGCUGUGCGAGCAUCUGAGGAGGCACGAGCAGCGGAGAAGGCGGCACGAGAAGUGGGGGAGCGCGUCAAGCUUGAACAGGCGGCACAAGCGCCAGCGGCACAAGCGCCAGCGGCACAAGCGGAGGCAGCUCAAGCAGAGGCGGAGAGCCUCAGGCUUGAACAGGAGCAAGCUGCUGCCAAGGAGGAAUCAAGAAGAGCAAGAGAAGCAGAGGAGAGCAGGAGGCAAGACCACGCGGUCGUGGAGGAGCUGGAGCCUCGGGCGGUCACGGAGCUACAGCUGGCAAUGGAGGCAGGCAGCGCGGCGCGCCUAGCGAACGCCAUCCUGGCGGCAAAGAAGAUGGGCAGCGACGCGGAGGAGGUGUGGUAUGCGCAAGUGGUCCAGCGGCGCCGUGCGGCGGUGGAGAAGCUGCAGCGCGCCUUGGCGAGCCAGGCGAGCCAGGCGGGCGAGGCCUGGCCACAGGAGGCGUGGCGAAAGGCCGAGGAGUUAAAGAUGCCCUCGCUCAAGGCGCUGUUGGACACCGCCUUGGCAUCGCCACAGCGGGCGGCAGAGGAGCUGCAGAAGGUGAUCCCAGGUCUUUGAUCGGGCGCAGCCAAGCUGCCGCCCCUUUUGCAAACGAGCGGCUCGGCCGGCGAAGUGGAGGGUUGUACUGUUGUACUAGA